AUGCAGCGCCUAUUAAGCGGCUCGAGUCUUUCACGCCAUGCAAUAUCAUCACAUCGCAUGAUGUAUUCAGUCGCUGUGUCUCAACGAAGUUUCUCAGCCGGCCGAGCUCAGCGACCGUCCGCCAAGUCUGGCCACCGUUCCCUGGCGUUCUGGCUAUUGACCGGUGCUUCUGCUGCAGGUUCGUGCUACUUGAUCGGUGCAAAAUACCCUCCGCGGUCAAUCCCGUUUCUUUUUACACCAUAUUCGACCAAGGCAGGUCAGAUGUCGGAGCAAGAAACUGAGGCGUACUGCUCAGAGAUUGAGCGAGCCAUGCACAAUCUGUCUGCCGUGCGCGAGCACAUUUCCCGCUCCUACGAAAUGCCAUCGGCCACUAACGUGCGCGAAAAGUAUGGUAUCAAGUACCAUACUCCGUUCGCGGAGAAAGAAGAGGCAGACUACGUUAUCACGCGUCCUUUUGUCGACGCACCCCCGGAGAGUCUUGAAGCUCAGCUUACUGCUGGUAGCUUGCGUGGUCCGCAUAUGUUCGCUAGUUUUCCCAUGGUUUUCUCCAAAACUAAACAGGGUGUAAAGAGCGGUGGUGGGACUGAAGGCGACGGUAUGGUGGUCGUUCAUCUCGGCAAGAACCUGUGUGGCUACAAGGGCGUGAUUCAUGGGGGUCUCAUUGCUACGUUGUUUGAUGAAGCGCUUGCUAGGUCUGCAUUCUACAGUUUGCCACACCAUGUAGGUGUGACCGGUAAAUUGGAGCUUCGCUACCGCAAGCCUGUUGCUGCUGAUCGGUUUUACUUGAUUGAAACGGAAGUGGUCGAAACUGUCGGUCGCAAGUGUUUCGUUGCUGGAUUCUUGCUCGAUCCAAAGAAUCGUGACGUGCUUGCUGAGGCCAAUGGCGUGUUCAUCGAGCCACGCUGGGCCAAGUACGCUUCUUGGGUCGGGAGCGUUGAUAUGCGCAAGCACCUUGACAAGUAG